AUGUACGACCAGAAACGUGAGUACGGUAAAGCAUUAGAGCAUUAUGAGAAGGCACUUGAAAUCAGCGUCAAAUCAUUACCAUCAGUUCAUCCAGCAUUAGCAACUAUAUAUAGUCAAGUUGGAGCAGUUCACGCAGAGAAUCAUGAAUACGACAACGCAAUGGAGAAUUAUGAAAAGGCACUCGAAAUCACCUUGACAUCAUUAUUAUCAAAUCAUCCCUCAUUACCAACUACAUAUACGAAUACUGGAAAAAUCUUCGACGCGAAAUGCGCAACCGAUCAAGCAUUAGAGAACUAUGAAAAAGCACUUGCAAUCCCCUUGAACUCAUUACCAUCAAAUCAUCCCGCAUUACCUACUACAUACACCAAUACUGAAAGAGUCGUCGACAAGAAAGGCGCCUACUAUAAAGCUUUAGAGAACUAUGAAAAGGCACUUGAAAUCAGCUUGACAUCAUUACCAUCAAAUCAUCCCUCAUUGCCAAAUACAUACGCGAAUAUUGCAUUCAUCUUCGACAAAAAAGGCGUCUACGAUAAAGCAUUAGAGAACUAUGAAAUGGCACUUGAAACCAGCUUGAGAUCAUUACCAUCAAAUCAUUCAGUAUUAGCAACUAUAUAUAAUCAUAUUGGAGCACUUUACGCUCAGAAAGAUGCAUACAAUAAAGCAAUAGAGAAUUAUAAAAUGGCACUUGAAAUCAGCUUGACAUUAUUACCAUCACAUCAUUCAGUGUUAGCAACUAUCUAUAAUCAUGCUGGAGCCGUUAGCGCUGAGAGAGGUGCGUAUGAUGAAGCAUUAAAGAGUUAUGAAAAGGCACUCGAAAUCAGUUUGAAAUCAUUACCAUCAAAUCAUCCAAAAGGCGCAAACGAUAAAGCAUUAGAGAACUAUGAAAAAGCACUUGAAAUCCGCUUGAAAUCAUUACCGUCAAAUCAUCCCUCAUUACCAAGUUCAUACAUUAAUAUUGGAUUCAUAUUCGAGCAGAAAGGUGCGCACGAUAAAGCAUUGAAGAACUAUGAAAAUGCACUUGAAAUCAGCUUGAAAUCAUUACCAUUAAAUCAGCCAGGAUUAGCAACUAUAUAUAGUCAUAUUGCAGGAGUUUGCGCUGAGAAAGGUGCAUAUGAUAAAGCAUUAGAGAAUUAUGGAAAGGCACUUGAAAUCAGGUUGACAUCGAUGCCAGAAAAUCAUUCAGUAUUAACAACUACAUACAGAAAUAUUGGAUGCAUCUUCGACAAGAAACGGGCAAACGAUAAAGCAUUAGGGAACUAUGAAAGGGCCAUUGGAAUGGACGUGGCAUCAUUACCAUCAAAUCAUCCACCAUUAGCAACUAUCUAUAAUCAUGCUGGAUCCGUUAGCGCUGAAAAUGGUGCAUACGAUGACGCAUUAGAGAAUUAUGAAAAGGCGCUUGAAAUCAGCUUGAAAUCAUUACCAUCAAAUCAUCUAGUAUUAGCAACUAGAUAUAAUCAUAUUGCGGUAGACGAUAAAGCAUUACAGAAGUAUGAAAAGCUGAGCAAAAUCGUGUGGAUGUCAUAUAAAGUAAAUCAUCAACCAUUAGCAACUACAUAUAGUGAUAUUGGAAUGGUUUACGCUGAGAAAGGUGCAUAUGAUAAAGCAUUAGAGAAUUUUGAAAAGGCACUUGAAAUGAGCUUGAGAUCAGUACCAUCAAAUGAUCCAGUGUUAGUAACGAGAUAUGGUUAUAUUGCAUCAGUUUACGCUGAUAAAGGUGCAUACGAUAAAGCAUUAGAGAACUAUGAAAAAGCACUUGAAAUCCGCUUGACAUCAUUACCGUCUAAUAUUGGCUCGUUACCAAGUUCAUACGCUAAUUUUGCAUUCAACUAUAAAAAGAAAGGUGCAUUCGAUAAAGCAUUAGAGAACUAUGAAAAGGCACUCGAAAUGAACUUGAAAUCAUUACCAUCGAAUCAUCCGUUAUUAGCAGCUAUGUAUAAUCAUAUCGGAUCCGUUUACGCUGAGCAACACCGAUACCAUAAAGCACUAGAAAAGUGUGGAAAAACAUCAGGUUAUGACAGUAUGGCACUUGUAGAUUAUUUACAAGGUGAUUAUGAGAAAGCAUUAAUAUUACCUGAAAGGCUCGUGGAAUGUACUUGUUUUUUCUCGGAUAAAUCGCCCUUGUCCUGGAAGAACACACGGGAACAUGGCAGGAGUGUAUAG